CGUGUAUAUAAUAUCCACCUCCCACUAACACCGACUCACUCAUUCACUCACACCAUGGUCAGAUCAUCACUACCAGUUCUUUUACUUCCUCAUCCUUUAAUUUUAAUUCCGACUGCUCGUAUUACGAUUCAAAUAAGUCGUACUUUAGCUGAUUCUAUACUAACACUCUUGGAUGAAUCAGAUAAACCACUCCUCGCUGUUAUCCCAACACCUUCAGAACACAAUUCAGAAAUCACACACGGAACAGCUGCCCGCGUAGCUCGUCUAGUCAGACCAAGAUCACUUUCUUCUCCCAACCUUCUCUCACUCUACGGCCUCGCUCGUAUUCGUCUCUCUUCUCCACCAGAUACAAAUUCACCAGACACUCUUCCUCUCCAUGAUGUCAUUUACUCUUCCGGUGAUGGAACCCCCUCAAGAGAAACAGUAGAAACAUUCAAAGACGCCGCUCUCACACUCCUCGACCGUCUCGCAAAGGAUUCCCUCCAGCCACAACGCAGAGACGACUGGUUAAGAGUAGCUGCAAUGGUAGAAGAUAUCUCAGAACAACGCGCUGCGUGGAUGGCAGACGUACUCGUAGCAGCAGUAUCUCCUCAAUACCCCGAUAAACUCGCAUUCCUGGCUGCUACAGACGUAGAAGACCGUCUCCGCCGUGCUACAGAACUAUUCAUCAAACAAUCCUCCAUUCAAGAAGUCUCAAAGAAGAUAGCAACAGCCGUAGACGAAUCUCUUUCUCGUCAACAGAAAGAAUACUUUCUCCGCCAACAACUAGCAGCCAUCCAACGCGAGUUGCAUAGUCUACAUGACUCUCCUGCUACAGCCGGUCCUGGAUUCGGUACAGGCGGGGCUAACAGCGAGUUGGACGAUGACGACCAGGCGGAUGCAGAUGACCUCGCUGAUUUGCGUCGCAAGAUAGAGGCUCUUGACGUUGGUUCAGAGGAACGUAAAGUCGGCGUUCGUGAGUGGAGGAGGCUCAAGAGAAUUCCACAGGGAAGCGUCGAGAAUGGCGUCAUCCGUUCAUACUUGGAAUGGCUCACCAGCGUCCCUUGGCCAUCCACUACAACCAUAACACCUCUCGACGUAUUAAAGGACCACAGUUUCCUCACCAGAGCACGCGCACAACUGGACGCAGACCAUUAUGGCCUCGACCAAAUCAAACGCCGUCUCAUGGAAUACCUCGCAGUCGUGCGUUUACGCGCUAUCGCAGAUGCUUCGGCUGAACCCACCUCAACGGAUCUCGUCAAAGCGGACUCUCCCCCACCCCCACCGAAGAACAAAGGCGUCAAAGGUCCCAUACUCCUGUUCGUAGGUCCCCCAGGAACGGGAAAAACUUCCCUCGGACAAUCGAUCGCAAAGGCUCUAGGAAGACCCUUCCAACGGAUAUCACUGGGUGGCGUUAGGGACGAAGCCGAGAUCCGCGGACACCGGAGAACAUACGUCGCUUCUGGACCUGGAGCUAUCGUUCAGGCGUUGCGUAAAGCCGGUCGAAACGAUCCCGUUAUUUUAUUGGACGAAGUGGAUAAAGUAGGACACAGCAAUUUUCACGGCGAUCCUGCAGCUGCGCUUCUAGAGGUGCUUGAUCCGGAACAGAAUCAUUCCUUUAAUGAUCAUUAUAUCAACGUACCCAUAGAUCUCAGUCAAGUCCUCUUCAUAUGCACGUCCAAUACGCUGGAAACGAUAAGUGCGCCUUUGUUAGAUCGAUGCGAGGUGGUCGAGUUGUCAGGCUACACAUACGACGAGAAAACCCACAUCGCCAAACGCUUCCUCCUCCCCAAGCAAAUCCGCGCCAACGGACUCUCAGACAGCCAACUAACCCUAAGCGACGGGGCCCUGUUACACGUAGCCACCAUGUACACGCGCGAAGCGGGCGUAAGGAGUUUAGAGCGUGCCAUCGGGGCUGUUGUCAGGUUCAAAGCCGUAGAAUGGGCCGAGUGGUUAGAUGCGCGGGGUGUGCAGGGUGGAGAGAGGACUAUUGUUACUAAAGACGAACAGGGGACUGUCACCGCUAAAGACAGGAACGGAAAAGACACAGAAUGGCGCUCAACAGUCGAACCCCACGAACUCGAAGCUAUCCUCGGGAUCCCCCGCUUCGACAUCGACGAACUCGACCGGGAAGAAAAACCAGGAAUUGUAUAUGGACUCGUCGUAACAGGCAUGGGCGAAGGCGGGAUUCUCCCCGUUGAAAGCACCGCUCUCCCCGGUACAGGCCGUCUCAAACUCACAGGGAGCUUAGGAGAGGUAUUGAAAGAGAGCGGGGAGAUCGCAUUGAGUUGGGUGAAGACCCAUGCGUUUGAGUUGGGGAUUACGAAUGGGAGGGGGGUGGAUCCUUUGAAGGCUAUGGAGGGGAUGGGGGAGGGCAAGGGGGUGGAUGUACAUUUGCAUUUGCCAGCUGGGGCACAGAGGAAGGAUGGGCCGAGUGCUGGGAUUGCUAUGAUAUGCGCGUUCGUAUCUCUUCUAACCGGGCUGUGUGUCCCCAAGGAUAUCGCAAUGACAGGAGAGAUAACUCUCCGAGGCCGCAUAACCCCCGUAGGCGGCGUCCGCAUGAAAGUCCUCGGCGCGCACCGCGCCCAAAUCCGUAAAGUCAUCCUCCCCUACGCCAACCGCAAAGACGUGGAGCAUGACGUUGCGCUAGAGGUUAGGAGAGAGAUGCAGUUUUUCUUUGUGAGGACUAUUGAUGAAGCUUUGGAGGCUGCGUUUGGGAGGGGGGUGUUGGGGUGGAGGAGGGAGACUGUUUUGUUGGAGAGUAGGCUUUAGGGGUAGGUGCGCGCUUUCGAUGUUUGUCAGUUUCGAUCUUAUCGCUAUGUAUUCCUUUUGUACCAAGUUUCUGUAUUAUACCGUAUAUCCUGAUUCGUGAAUAUGCCUAGACUGAUUGUGAUUACGAAGGAUGAUAACUAGUAGUGGAAUAGGAAGAGGAUACUUGGGAUCGCCUUGCGCCAACAUUUGUGCAGGAGGUUAAACAAACAUAUCCUCGUAAAUGUAGUACGACGUGGUUGGUCCGGUCCCGGUGCAAUGUACAUUGAAGACAAAACGUCAAGUUGGUCG